UGAUUGUGAUGUUUGUCUAGGAGGGUUAAAUGUGAAGGUCUUCGUUUGUUUGAUAAGUGUUAACGUUAUCAGUGACUAAGAUACGAGACUAUUAAGUUUUAAAUCGUCCAUUGUACAUUAAUAUUGUACUGGUAUUCAUGUAGCGGAAGCUUGGAAGAUUAAGAAUUUGAAAGAAACACAGUAUUACAACGGAAGGAACUGCAAAACAGGAUGCAGGUAGAGACGUUGAUCGAGAAGAGCUGUACGUCAAUCGGCGAGGGUCCCCACUGGGAUGAGCGGACCCAGCAGCUCCUAUACGUGGACAUCAACGAGGGAUGCUUCCACAGGUGGACGGCCGCCACUGGAGUCGAUGAGGUCUACAAGUUCGACAAGUAUUGCACAUUGGUUGUACCAUGCCGGAAGGGAGGCUACCUUGUUUCUGUGGGUCAGUCCAUCUGUCACUUUGACUGGGAUACAAAGAAACUUACCACUCUAGGGACAGUGGACGAGGGGAAGGACACCAGAAUUAAUGAUGGCAAGUGUGACCCCUCCGGCAGACUCUGGUUUGGAACAAUGGGUCUUGAGAAGGUACCAGCAAAGGUUGAGAAGCAUAUGGGUUCCCUUUUCUCCCUGGAGACGGACGGUACCAUCCGGAAGCACAAGGAGGGCGUCUCCAUUUCAAACGGGCUCGCCUGGACAGAGGAUAAUCGAACCAUGUAUUAUAUUGAUUCAAUUCCGCGGAAGGUGUUCGCUUAUGACUUUGACAUCGCUACAGGGACAAUGAGCAACGAGAGAGCGAUUAUAAGCUUCGGCGAUGAGGACAGCAUGGAGAACUUCAAGACACACGGCUUUCCGGAUGGCAUGACAAUCGACACGGAGGGGAAACUGUGGGUGGCAGGCUUUUUUUCAAGCAGCGUCAUGCGGUACGAUCCGGAAACAGGAAAGGAACUAUCCCGCGUUCCGAUUCCAGCAGCACGCUGCACUUCGUGCUGUUUUGGCGGGAAAAACUUCGACGAACUCUUUAUCACGUGUUCCGCAUUCGGCGUCACGGACGAAGAGAAAGAAAAGACGCCCUUGGCGGGGUCGGUGUUCAGGGCUACUGGGUUAGGAGCCCGCGGAAAGCCCGCCCCAGUAUACGAGGGAUAACAAGCUCGUCAAGAUGCACAAUCUUUGAAAAGAAAAUAUUAGCUUUAAUAAGCGUAUAUCAUCACAUAUAUUUUUAGAAACUGUUGGUGCAAACCAGUAUUCACAAUUAUUUUUUUUUAGCAUUCCAUACUAGCAAACUAUAUACUUAUUACUAUUGUAUUAUUGAAAAUUCAAGCUCAUGACAUGCUUUUUAAUGUUCGUAUUUAAAGACUUUCAGUAUUACAAAGCUUCAGGGGCACAUUGUUCGGCUAAAACAGUCCUUUGUAACCCAUGUUUCAUGACAGCCGACCUCAUUUAAAGUUCAGAAUUUUGAAUGCUGUUGCUAAAUAAAUUGGAAAUGAUUGUAAA